UUUGCUCCAGUGUGUCUGAGAGCCGGGAGUGCUAUGUGGGGCUGUUAUUUAGGUCUGUUACAGCACACUAGGAACAGCUCACCCUGAGUACAGAGUCGCAGCCUAGCCAGCCAGCAACCAGCGCGUCAGUUUAGACAGCGAGGGAAAGAGAAACAAGCAGCGGGAUAGAGCGACAGAGGGACGGAGGGAAAAACAUAGAGAGGAAACCCUUACAAGAGCAAAACAGCAGGAUUAGGCAGCACGUAUAUCCCGAGUACAGGAAUUCCAGUGAGGGAUUUAGUGCUGUCGUAGCUGCGGGUGUUGUUAUUGUUUUGUUUUGUUUUGUUUUUUGCGACGUGACACGAGCCAGUACAGAAUCUAAUAGGGAACGGGACAGAGGGAAAGUAGGUGACUGCAUACAGAAUCGCUUUUAGUUGGAGGUGGGUGAGUGACGCACUAUGUUCGACUGUAUGGAGGCACUGGGCAUGGGUCCCCGCCAACUCUAUGAUGUCACUAACCGGGGUGCCUGUAUGCUUCGGAAGGCGAGCCCCUUCUAUGCCGGACUGGACCCUUUCACUUGGACGGGGACGGCCAGCAUACGUUCGGUGGAGACCCAGAGCACCAGUUCAGAGGAGAUGGUGCCCAGCUCCCCCUCUCCACCACCACCGCCUCGUGUCUACAAGCCCUGUUUCGUCUGCCAGGACAAGUCUUCGGGGUACCACUAUGGUGUCAGUUCUUGCGAAGGCUGUAAGGGUUUCUUCCGUCGCAGUAUUCAGAAGAACAUGGUGUACACCUGCCACCGUGACAAGAACUGCCAGAUCAACAAGGUCACACGCAACCGUUGCCAGUACUGCCGGCUGCAGAAAUGCUUUGAGGUUGGCAUGUCCAAGGAAGCUGUGCGCAAUGAUCGUAAUAAGAAGAAAAUCAAAGAUGUGAAGGAUGAGGUUGUUCCGCCAGAGAGCUAUGAGCUAAGUGGGGAACUGGAGGAACUGGUCAACAAAGUGAGCAAAGCACAUCAAGAGACCUUCCCCUCACUCUGCCAGCUGGGAAAAUAUACCACAAACUCAAGCUCAGACCACCGGGUCCAGUUGGACCUUGGCCUCUGGGACAAGUUCAGUGAGCUUUCCACCAAGUGCAUCAUUAAAAUUGUGGAGUUUGCCAAACGUCUGCCGGGCUUCACCACCCUCACCAUAGCAGAUCAAAUCACCCUCCUUAAGUCGGCCUGCUUGGAUAUUCUAAUGCUGCGAAUCUGCACACGAUACACACCUGAGCAGGACACAAUGACCUUUUCAGAUGGACUGACCCUCAACCGGACGCAGAUGCACAAUGCUGGCUUUGGCCCACUUACUGACUUGGUGUUUGCUUUUGCUGGUCAGCUCCUGCCCCUGGAGAUGGAUGACACGGAGACUGGCCUCCUCAGCGCCAUCUGUCUUAUUUGUGGAGACCGAAUGGACCUUGAAGAGCCUGAACGUGUAGAUCGUCUGCAGGAGCCCCUGCUGGAGGCCCUUAAGAUCUAUGCACGUCGUCGGCGACCCGACAAGCCCCACAUGUUUCCUCGCAUGUUGAUGAAGAUCACUGACCUGCGUGGCAUCAGCACCAAGGGAGCAGAAAGAGCCAUAACUCUAAAGAUGGAGAUCCCAGGCCCCAUGCCACCUCUCAUCCGAGAGAUGCUGGAAAAUCCAGAGGCCUUUGAGGAUCAGUCAGAGUGCACAGAAAAGAAGCCAGAGCCCCAGCAGCUCACCCCUCCACCCGCUUUGCUCACUAUGAAGAAAGAGCAGGAGGAUGAAGACGACAGCUGGAAUGCAGAGAACGGCAGCGAGCCAUCACCAGAGGAGGAAGAUGAUGAUGAUGAUGGAGAGGAGGAGAGGGACUCAGACAGCGACGGAGAAGCCUGGGGUGGCCAGGAACCCAAUGUGGAUGUAUCCAGAAAGAGCCAUGGAGGAAGAGCUCAGUGAGAAGGCCUCUUCUUGCAGGGCAAAUUUAGAGCCUUACCUGUACAGACACUCCUAACUCAGGCCACAUGGUCAACGAUGAGAGACACAUUAGUGAGGCAAUUUGAGGAAACUCACGUAAAACCUCUUCUCAGGACCUCUCCAGCAGAGCGAGAGGGAAGGCGGAAAAGACAAAACAACAGGCUUUUCAGACAAAAUAACUACCGCUUUUCUAAAAACUUGUUUGUUUGCUUUGAAAGGAGAAGCCAAAUGGACUUUAACACCAACAAGAGACUUUCAACGGGUUCAAAGUAGUCUUUCGAGAGAAAAUACAGGACAAAAACUGAAAAUGCGAAUCUUUUUUUUUUUUUUUAUAUGCUUUUGGAAAUCUUUUUGACUUUUUCAGCUUUGAGAUAGUUUGUUCUCUUUACAUUUUAUGAAUAUGCCCGUACAUAUCUAUAUAUACCUUUACAUAUUUUUGUCCUGUAUUCUAUUUUCUUAGUUAUAUUUUGUUUGGAUAGCUUUCCUGGGCAGAGAUACAGAAAGAUAAUCGAAUUACAAAAACUGGCAAACCUCUCUGCUGAGUCUUUAUCCAGCUGCUUGGUUGGGUUCUUUGGCACUUUGGCUCAGCAUAGAUGUCAUUGAUAAUCAGUUCAGUGGCAGGGUAUCUCCCAUUGUUCCUGGCAGAUGUUUUUUUUUUGGGGGGUUAUGUAUCAGUUUUCAUUGCAUUAUAUGAUUUGCUGCCAAUUGAAUGGUGUGUCUGUGCCAAAGUUUGCAGCUUGUAGGGGUCAACUCCUGUCAGGGAGCCCAGCUCCAACAGAAACACCCCCAUGACCCACAUGAUCAUGAUGUCAUCCUGGACCGGUUCAUUCAAAGUGCUCAGGCAAAAGUUAUGCGGCACUUCAGUUCAACAAAAUCAUUGUGAGCCCAAUACCGCUUGUGUAAUUACGAAAUUUGACCUUAUCGUCCUAAACAACACUUCAGGAUAAGUACAGUUGAAUGAUUUUCUGAAUCAUAAUUAUGUACUGUACACACUCACUCAUAUACACACUUGAAAAGCAUGCUUGUUAUACAUGUACUCAGAAAUCUUUUUAAAAAGAAUGAAAGAUAGAAACAUGAAAUACAGACUCAGGGCAUCUCUGUAAGGACCAAACGCUUGCUGUCUGGUGGCAGCCUAGAAACAGGCGAUAUUUAUGCGUUACAUAUUAGAAAUCCCGCUGUCUUACAAUUGAUAUAUAUCUGCAAAUCUUAUACAGUCAUUGCAGAACUUUUAUCUUCUCUCUUCAUCAUGUAAUUAGUUUUGGUGGGUUUUUUCUGUACUAUUCUGAUCCGUUUUAUUGCCAAAACCACAGUAUGCAAUUUGGUGGCUGUGUGCCACUGAACAUACAUUGAAAGAUUUCAGCUGUCUCAGUCCAGUGAUAUGACUAUGACCGGAACUCAGUUGUGUGUGUAUGCGUGUAUGUGUGUGUUGAAUGUGAGGAUCGCUGCACUCAAUAAGCUGUAGUGUAGUACAUUAUUAUGAAUGUCAUCACUGUGGUGCUGUCAGAGAGUGUGUGAGCUGUCAUACUGACCUCUUUUGCUUCAGAGUUGCAACACAGCCACACGUACAGCAAACGCAAACGUUGAGAUUACUUUAACUCUUUGUCAUAUUUUUUGUUCUCUCAACAUGUUAAUGUAUUGUCAGUCUUUGUUCAUGUUCAACAACUUCUGUUAUACGAAAAAAAAAGCCAUAUAAAAAAUGAGGCACAAUAAAACUUUUUUG